CCUUUGAAACAAACGAAAUUUUGAAUUUUUUGACCUGCUUUCUGAUAAAGUUUUAUUUUUUGUUUUUGUUUUUUCUCACCGAUUUUGUUUUUUGAUUUUUCUCAUCGUGUAUAAUUCCCGAUUUGAUCGAAUUUCUUUUCGGAAUUCGAUUCGUUUUUUUCAACAUUUGUGAUUAAUUCUUGGCAAUUUUGAAUUUACAGAUUUUUUUCUGCUGUAAAUUUUUUCUUUAUUCUUUUCACAAUAUUCAGCUGUAAUAGCACCGAAUUGAUUAUUAUCUUAUUGAUAUAGGUAUCCCGGAGAUGAAUACAAGCCUCAAAGGUCUAGUGCUGCUGCAAAAGUGUAACCAAAGGCUUCACGCUUCAAACCAGGGCUUAAGCCAACAAGUGCACUGUUAUUACCUAUUGGUCGACGAAUAUUCACGACCAUUAUCGGUAUUAUCUGUAGUCGUUAUUAUUAUUCAACAACCACAAUUAAGACCACGAACAACAACAACAGAAACGGUUGAAGCAUACGAAUCACCAGCAGCAGCACAAGCAGCAGCAUCUUAUUUAUCACUGGCAUCUAAAACAUCAACCAAAACAACAUUUGUCGAUAACGACAAAGAAAACGAUAAUUACGAUAAUCCUUAUUAUAUUAUGGUUUGUAUUUCACAUCAAGCAUCACCAGAAUUGAAACAAAUUGAAUAAAUCAAGAAACAAAACAAAAAAUAGGAAAACCAAACGAUUAUUCAACGAAAACGAUAACGAAAUUUUUUUUAAUUUGAAAAAUUUGAAAAUUUGAAAACAAGAAAAAAAGAAACCCUUUUGUGAAUUUACUUUUAUUUAAAUGGACAUUUCUUUUGAUGAUUUUGUUUGUUCUUUUU